AUGACAGUCAAUAUAUGCAAGUGCCAUGGUGCCGGUGCUUGUACCCAGAUGAUCCAUACAGACUCUCAAGAAUCAUUAUUUUCAAUCCAAUGUGAUCCGGAAAAUGCUGACAAGCCUUUGAAUAUCACGGAGGCCAUGGGCCAGUACUUCAAUACUUCACUUAUAGGGGGCUCUAAAUGUGGUACUUGUGGUAAUCCACAGUUGACAGCAACACGACUCAGCCAUCCGCCUGAGAUUCUUUUCGUAAAGCUCAAUCGUAUUCACUGGUCAACAACAAAAAGGGCUAUCCAAAUCAGUCAAAGGAUUAUGUUCUCAAAGUCUUUAAUACUUCCAGCUCACGGCUUUGACCCGCGUUUAAAAGAAUUGAGGGAGCCUGUUGAAUACCAACUGUCUUCAUUGCAGCUACACCGGGGUGAAACAACAAAUAAAGGCCACUACCUUGCUGUGGUCAGAGGUCCUCGCGGCUCGUGGACGCUGUGUGACGACAAAAAAGUGACGCCGUACGAUAAUUUUGAAGCAAUGGCCAAAUCGAAAGAUGUCCAGCAGUCUUCCUACAUUUUUGCCUAUCGCCGAUGUCCUCUCAGGCUAGACAAGGAAGAUCCAUUUGCUCAGGCUAAAGCAAUCACUGAAAAAAUAUCACAUCUAGAUGAGCAAAUCAUGAAAUUGCAAUAUGAUGCCAAUUCUUUCUUGGAUCAAGCAGUGCAUAAAAGCCCCAUUGUAGUUCUCGCUGAAUUCCCUAUUGGGACUGCCCCUGAAUUCAUCAAAAGUUUCAAAUCUAAAGAUUUGGCUGGUCCUUUGUUAAGCGGCAACAUCAUAUCGGAAACCUCAACUGCCGUCUUGGUGGAGUUUUAUUACACAGACGAAUUUGGUGCCAAGAAAGCAGUCAAGAAUUCCAAUAAUAUGGAGGUGGAGGGCAAGGAACUGACCUUCAAGCUUGAGGAUCCCGAGGAAAGGGCUUCUCGGUCUAUGGCGGAUAUUGCUCGGCGAUAUGCUGCUCGACUGAAGGGCGAGAUAUUAAUAAACGUACACCAACGCCCUACUAUAAACUCUAAAAGCCCUUCAAGCAGUCACAGUUCGCCUUAUUUUGCUCAAGAAUUGGCGUCGAAUCCAGAGAAGACAGAGAAACCUAGGAAGCAACCUGCAUUAUCUUCCUCUAUCGAAGUGGACUCAGUCACCAAGCUUGACAGAAAACAAUUUGGCAGUCAACAAUGGGCCCGAUUCGCUAGAAUCUUGAAAGGAGUACACGAAGAUUUUGAGAUAAUGCUUAAUGAAGAUAUCGCAGAUCUUGCACAGGCAAUGGCCAUUCUGAGCAUGUUUGAAGAAGUAGCACAAUCAAAACGACUGGAGACAGGGUCGAGUCUAUACAAAGCAACGGAACUGUUGGAAGCAGGAGCCACCAAGACAAUAAGCCUUCUCUACCAAGCAUCACGGGCAAUCCAAUAUUCAUACCUCGCGAUGAUGAAAAGGGUACACAAGUUGCAUGAACCAGAUGAUUUCAUGGAAGUGAAAGUACCACCAGGAGAGUUGGAUUUACAAAAUAUCCGAUACAGAGCAAGUAAGCUCGCGUACUUGGCUCUACGAAGCAUGGGUUUAUUGCCUCCUACGAGCUUAAAAUCCCCAUUAACAGAAACGGAUAUGAGUGUUAAUGAGAUAUUGGCUGAUAUUAAAGGAGAAUGCCACCUUCCAAGCCUGGAGUCUGAGGAGUUCGACAGGGUUACAGAUGACAUCAUGGCUAAGCUCAAACAGGAAGCAAGAGAUUCCUUGACUGCCGAAGAAGUUAUAAACGUCACAAGAGCGAUCAUGUCGUUAUCGACAGAUCUGGUAGUGGGAGUGGGAGAAGAUCAAUUGAACGACACAGAGUUGAACUUUGCAGAGAGAACCGCCCUUCAACUUGUUAAGAUGGAUAGUCCGCCGAUCCCCCCAGGAUCAGAAAUAGAAGUACCAGCCGAGGUUGUCAGUGCAGGAAGACUUCUCGUGGUGCUGUCAAAGGCAGCACAGAGGAUCAUAGAUAGAGAAAGGAACAGAAGACUGUAUGGGGCACCAGAAGGGAAAGAGGGUCGACUGGCGGUCAAAUACACUACCAAGGAUGGAGUAGCGGUACUUGAUGCUGCAGUUAUCGGAAUAACCUCGAUCCAAGACACAGAAAAGACUGGAAUAGUUGACCAGAUAAAGUUACCAGCGAUAAUCGACAGAGGUCGCUUGGAGCUUCGUUACGAAUGGGAUGGAGAUCUCACCCUGGAUGCCUCUAUGCAAGGUCAACUUAGGAACUUCAUAGCACAUAAGACAGCCACUGCUGAAAAAAUAACGAAGAAAGUCGCUCUGAAGAAUGCAGCGAAACACCAGAAGGGGACGAAAGCACUGGUAAAGCCAGCUGUGACCAAAUUCAAGGCCGUAGGAGACGCCCAAGAACAUGCCCAGGGCACUACUUCUCAGGAGGUAGUGACUAAAAAGAACUCGAAAAAGGCAGGUUAUAAAAAAAAAGAUGCGGCGGAUGAUUUUGAUGUGCUCCAUGGGACAGUGAAGCUAGCCGGCGUCAAGAAGAUGAAAGCAGUAGCCAAACCAAACGUGGCCAAGGUAAAAGCCAAGGUCAAAGCAGACGCUCAAGUCGCUGCGGUUGAGGAGGCCACGAAAGAGGUCGAGCCUAAGAAAAAGGCUGCGAAAAAGGCAGCUCCUAAGAAGGCAGCCAUGAAAAAGAUAGCUCUUAAGGAUGCAGCGAAGCCAGCCGGCGUCAAUAAAACGAAAGCAGUUGCCAAACCAAACGCGGCCAAAACCAAAACCAACGCCAAAGCCAGGACGUGA